CACUGGGUGGAGGAGGCUGAGUGAAAAGUGGAGCACUAAGACCCAGGAGUGGUGGAGGACUGCAUCAACGAGCUGGAGGAGAACUAGGCGAUUGGAGGUGGGAGCCAUCUGGUACCUCGGUUGCCUUCAAAACAGCGUCAUUCCUAGCGACAGAAAUGGCCAGUCAGUCCCAGGGUAUCCAGCAGCUAUUACAAGCUGAGAAGAGGGCAGCUGAAAAGGUGGCAGAUGCCAGAAAGAGAAAAGCUCGAAGACUGAAGCAGGCUAAGGAGGAAGCACAGAUGGAGGUAGAACAAUACCGCAGAGAGCGGGAGCAGGAAUUCCAGAGCAAGCAGCAGGCGGCCAUGGGAUCCCAAGGGAACCUGUCUGCUGAAGUGGAGCAGGCUACAAGGCGCCAGGUACAGGGCAUGCAGAGCUCCCAGCAGAGAAACCGGGAGCGUGUCCUGGCCCAGCUUCUUGGCAUGGUCUGUGAUGUCAGGCCCCAGGUCCACCCCAACUACCGGAUCACCGCCUAAGAGCUUUGCCUAGGACCCUUUAUAGGGUCUGACUCCUCCUGACAGUCCUUUCCCCAAAGAAAUCUCCCAAAUAAAUAUCACUUCCCUUGUCUAGCAUGCACAAAGCCUUGGAUUCAAUCCCCAGCACUGUACCAAAAAGAAAAAAAAAUAAUAUUUCACCAUAAUUCUUUCUGGAAAUUCUAGGGGGCAGGAUCUAAUAUUCUCCUUUGAGACUUGUAAAUAACCUUCUCAAACAUGAAUCUUUGUGUUCUAAAACACUAAGACCUUGUAAAUGCCCAAGUCAUCCUCACCUAACCCUUCUGUGUAAUUUGGAACAUAAGGGAAGUAAUGGAUGUAGAAAACACCCUGACUUCGGAGCCUAGCAUAUUUGGGUUCCUCUCCAAAUCCUGUCCCAUUCUGACUGUGCAACUGAGACAGAUGACUUAACCUGGAAGCCACAAUGUCUUCCUUUGUAAAACUGGAAGAGUAACAAUAACAACAACAACAAUAAUACCUACCUUGUGAGGUUUCUGCGAUGAUUAGGAAUCAUUAAGAGAAUAUCAUGGUUCCUUGUAGGUACUAGUUAUGAUUUAACAAAUGGACCCCAAGAUAUUGUUACCACUUGCUGCUUACCUGUGAAAAGCUAAAUAUUUCUGCUUCCUGAUGUUUGUUGGUGGCUCUCUAAUUCCACUCAUUCUGUGAUCCUGGUACUUCUCUAAAGAAUGUAUUCUUACCAUCUUGCUUUCCCCAGAGACCUUAAGAUCCCUGAAAAGAUGAAAGGAGAGUCUCAUUUAACUUCAAUAUUUUGGUUCCAGGUAGACACAGCAUCUCAGGAUCUUUUUGUCUUUCUUAGGCUGUCCUUUCUCUUUAUUGGCUAUACUUCCUUUUUCUAUUUCCCCAAAGACUCAACAGAUGUUUACUGAUUCCUGAGAUCUAAAAUGAUGUGGUGUACCCUAUAUGCAUGACCUUCCUUUCUAUAUCCUUAAUGCCUUGCUUUCCCUUUGUAACAAUGAAAAUGUCA